UCUACAUCAGACUCUGGGCACUAACUUAUAGUUUCCAAAAAUUCUUUAUUCUCAGCAUUCAUUUGGCUCAUGCAGAACCUAAGGUAGCUUAACAGAACUUCUGGCGUUGCUCGUGAGCCAGAGGACAAAACCCUUCUCCGCCACCAUCUCCUCCUCCCUCAAAAACCCCUAAUAUUCUUCAAUUCCGCCAUGGAAGAAGUCUGUGAAGGAAAAGACUUUUCCUUUCCAUCACAAGAAGAAAAGAUAAUAUCUUUCUGGUCAGAAAUCAAAGCCUUUGAAACCCAAUUGGAACGCACCAAAGACCUCCCUGAAUAUAUUUUCUAUGACGGUCCACCUUUCGCCACCGGCUUACCUCACUAUGGCCACAUUUUAGCUGGUACAAUCAAAGAUAUUGUGACCAGAUAUCAGACGAUGACUGGGCAUCAUGUGACACGUCGUUUCGGAUGGGAUUGUCACGGAUUACCAGUUGAAAAUGAGAUUGAUAAGAAAUUAGGGAUUAAGAGAAGAGAUGAGGUUUUGAAAUUGGGGAUUGAUAAAUAUAAUGAGGAGUGUAGAGGAAUUGUUACUAGGUAUGUGGAGGAAUGGGAGAAAGUUGUUGUUAGAGUUGGGAGAUGGAUUGAUUUUAAGAAUGAUUAUAAGACUAUGGACUUGAAGUUUAUGGAGAGUGUUUGGUGGGUUUUUGGUAAGUUGUUUGAGAAAGGGCUUGUUUACCAGGGUUUUAAGGUCAUGCCGUACAGUACAGGUUGCAAAACUGUGCUGUCAAAUUUUGAAGUUCAGCAGAAUUAUAAGGAUGUACCUGAUCCUGAGAUAAUGGUGUCAUUUCCAAUUGUUGAUGAUCUGCACAACGCAUCCUUUGUUGCUUGGACAACUACACCAUGGACUCUUCCCAGUAAUCUUGCCCUUUGUGUUAAUGGGAAUUUUGACUAUAUUAAGGUUCGUAACAAGUACACUGGAAAAGUGUAUGUUGUUGCUGAAUGUAGGUUGUCUGCACUUCCUAUUGAGAAGCCAAAAUCAACUGCAUCUGGAUCUGCUGGUGAUUCAAAGACGUCAAAUUCUAAAAUUAAGUGCGGGAAGGCUGAAAACUUAAUGGAUUCUUAUGAAUUACUGGAGAAAGUCAAGGGCAAUGAGUUGGUGAACAAGAAGUAUGAGCCACUAUUCAAUUACUUCAGGGAGUUCUUGGACACGGCAUUCAGAGUUGUUGCAGAUGAUUAUGUGACUGAUGACAGUGGUACUGGUAUUGUUCACUGUGCUCCUGCAUUUGGUGAAGAGGAUUAUCGUGUUUGCAUUGAAAAUAAAAUACUCAGUAAGGAGAAUUUGAUUGUAGCUGUUGAUGAUGAUGGUUGCUUUAUUGGAAAAAUUACUGAUUUCAGUGGGCGCUAUGUCAAGGAUGCGGACAAGGAUAUCAUUGAAGCAGUGAAGGCAAAAGGCAGGCUUGUUAAAUCUGGGAGCUUUAUGCAUUCGUAUCCCUUCUGUUGGAGAUCUGAUACGCCUCUCAUUUAUAGAGCUGUUCCAAGCUGGUUUAUUAGAGUGGAAGAAUUAAAAGAGCAAUUAUUAGAAAACAACAAGCAAACAUACUGGGUUCCUGAUUACGUAAAGGAGAAACGGUUUCACAAUUGGCUUGAAAAUGCUAGAGACUGGGCUGUUAGCAGAAGUCGAUUUUGGGGCACUCCCCUACCUGUAUGGAUAAGUGAUGAUGGUGAAGAAGUAAUAGUCAUGGAUUCUAUCUCUAAACUUGAAAAGCUUUCUGGUGUUAAGGUGUUUGAUCUGCAUCGUCACAAUAUUGAUCACAUCACGAUCCCAUCCAGUCGUGGUCCUGAAUUUGGUGUGCUUCGACGUGUAGAGGAUGUAUUUGAUUGUUGGUUUGAGAGUGGGUCGAUGCCUUAUGCUUAUAUCCAUUACCCGUUUGAGAAUGUCGAACUUUUUGAGAAAAAUUUUCCUGGGCAUUUCGUGGCUGAAGGGCUAGACCAAACUCGUGGAUGGUUCUAUACUCUCAUGGUGUUGUCUACAGCAUUAUUUGGGAAACCUGCAUUUAGGAAUCUCAUUUGCAAUGGACUUGUCCUGGCUGAGGAUGGAAAGAAGAUGAGUAAAAGUUUGAAAAAUUAUCCAUCUCCAAUGGAUGUUAUUAAUGACUAUGGAGCUGAUGCAUUACGAUUAUACCUUAUAAACUCUCCAGUUGUGCGUGCAGAGACCCUGCGUUUCAAAAAGGAAGGUGUUUUUAAUGUCGUCAAAGACGUGUUCCUUCCUUGGUACAAUGCUUAUCGGUUCCUUGUACAGAAUGCAAAGAGGCUCGAGGUUGAAGGGCUUGCACCAUUUACUCCUAUUGAUUCAGCAACUCUUCAAGAUUCAUCCAAUGUGCUUGAUCAGUGGAUCAACUCAGCUACUCAGAGUCUUGUUCAUUUUGUUCGUCAGGAAAUGAAUGCAUACCGCCUUUACACGGUGGUACCAUAUCUUUUGAAGUUUCUUGACAACCUUACAAAUAUUUAUGUGCGAUUCAACCGCAAAAGAUUAAAGGGUCGUACUGGUGAAGAAGACUGCCGGACUGCUCUUUCAACUUUGUAUAAUGUGCUUUUAAUAUCAUGUAAGGUAAUGGCACCGUUCACACCUUUCUUUUCAGAAGGUCUGUAUCAAAAUUUGCGGAGAGUGUGUACUGGAUCAGAGGAAAGUAUUCACUACUGCAGUUUUCCUCAUGUAGAGGGAGAGAGGGAUGAACGGAUUGAACAGAGUGUUGCAAGAAUGAUGACCAUUAUUGAUCUUGCACGCAAUAUCCGUGAACGGCACAACAAGCCUCUUAAAUCACCACUAAGGGAGAUGAUUGUUGUUCAUCCUGAUGUGGACUUUCUUGAUGACAUAGCUGGAAAACUGAAAGAGUAUGUGCUAGAGGAACUCAAUGUAAGAUCUCUUGUUCCGUGUAACGAUACUCUGAAAUAUGCUUCUUUGCGCGCGGAGCCUGAGUUUAGCUUGUUAGGUAAGCGACUUGGAAAAUCUAUGGGAGUUGUUGCCAAAGAAGUUAAAGCAAUGUCUCAGAAAGAUAUUUUGGAAUUUGAGAAAGCUGGAGAAGUUACCGUUGCUACACAUUGUCUGAAACUGUCUGAUAUUAAGGUGGUUCGGGAAUUCAAACGUCCUGAUGGCUUGUCAGAUAGGGAGGUUGAUGCUGCUGGAGAUGGUGAUGUUUUGGUAAUAUUAGAUUUGCGCCUGGAUGAGUCGUUGUAUGAGGCUGGCGUUGCUCGUGAGGUUGUCAAUAGAAUUCAGAAAUUAAGGAAAAAAGUUGGACUUGAACCUACAGAUGCUGUUGAGGUUUAUUUUGAAUCUUUAGAUGAAGAUAAAUCAAUCUCCCAGCAGGUCUUGAAUUCACAGGAACUCUAUAUCAGGGAUGCAAUUGGUUCUCCAUUGCUGUUUUCUACCUUGAUGCCACCACAUGCAGUAAUACUUGGUGAGGAGAGUUUCCAUGAUAUUUCGAAGUUGUCCUUCGCCAUAUAUUUGGCAAGACCAGCCCUAGUGCUCAAAUCUGAUGCCAUUCUUUCAUUAUACGGAGGAAACUCAAAAUCUGCCCAUGGUCUAGAAACAUACUUGCUAUCAAGGGAUCAUUCUAAUUUGAAAUCAGAAUUUCAACUUGGAGAUGGAAAGAUAACUGUUGAUUUCAUUGAAGGCCUACCUUCUGUGAACGUGGUAUUGGAAGAACAUGUAUUCCUAACUGUUGGUGACUCCAUUUUGAGAGCAAAAAGUGGGUGAUAUGAUUCCUUUUGAUAGUUUCAUGUGGGAUACACAAUUCUUUUUGACCGAUAACAGAAAUUUCAGCCCCUGGUUGUUUUAAUGGGGAAAUUUUUUUCAUAUUUCUCCGUCCUGCCAAAAGUUAGAGAGAUCUGGCUAGUUAGAACUUAGACAGUCACUCAUUUUUGUUGAAUGUAGGAUCAAAACCAACAUUAGUUGGUAUAUUUAAACUGAAUUGUAAAAAUUAUUUAAGAUAACCUCAGACCUCAGUGAACAUUUGCUUGCAAUAAAUUGGAUAUUAAUGUCUGCAAAAA